AACAAGAAGGCAACAAGUUAUUUGACGUUAGGAUCCUCUAAGCUUGCGGUAUUUGGUAUUUCGGCACUUCAACUGUAGAGUCCAACGAACAAGGCUUCACAUUCCUCUGGCACGAUUAAGCCCCUUCAAAAAAUGGAUAUCCGUAAACGCAAAGAUACCCCGGAAUCUGCGAUCGAUGACGGAGAUGCACCAAAUCGCCGCACGAAACUUCGAACCGAGGAAGACCUUGGCGAUGUACCCGCAGGCACCGAAGAUCCUUCCGCGGAAAAUGCAACCAUGGUGAGCACCGCCGCUGCCGCGAGUGCAGUUGAUGCUUCUGCGUUGCCCAGCAGCACCGAUCCAGAAACUCUUCCAGUUUCGAACGACCCCGCCAUCGAAGUGGAGAAAGCGCUAAUUGCACCAGCCAACGAAGCCUCGCCAGAGUCCAUCACUGCUAUCGAAAACCCGGAUCUUGUUGCCGCCGCCACGGAGGAAAUAGCCCCAAAGAUCGACCCAAAGCCGUACACGGCAGAAGAGCUGGCAAACUGGAAUCAAAUGUUUUUCCAAUUAAUGGUAAGUGCUGCACGCCUAUCGUUGGCUAUAUCCUUGGAAGAUCACUGUUGGAUUCCUAAUCAUGCUCGCGCUGAAUUUCUGAACGCCAUGGUGGCCAAUCGGGUCGAAUUGAAUGGAUAUUUGCAACAUCACUUUGCUACAGCUUUAUAGAAUCGAAAACGGUAACGUAAAUGUCAAGUCAACGGACAGAAAACACGGGGAUUUGUACAGCUGGAUCGUUCAGUUGCGAAAAGACUACAAGACACGCGAAAGAGAUCCCUCGGAAUCGCCCCUCACGGAGGCCCAAAUCAGUGUUCUUGAAAGUGUUAGGUUUGCAUUCACAACUCGGGGAGAAGAACAUUGGCAGAAGAGCUACGAGAGAUUGAAGGAAUACAAGGCUAAUCACGGGCACGUUCUCGUUCCUCGUCAGUGUGAGAUUCAGGGAUUGGGAGAUUGGGUAAGACAGUAUGAACUAAUGAGCUGUGUCUGCCGUAACUGGACGCAUUGGAUGAUGUUUGCUCACCCUCGUACUUCGUGUCGCCUUUUCUGCCUUGUCUUUUUCACUCUAUAGGUCACAAGUCAGCGCCAGCAAUACCAAGAGUACAGGAAAGGGCGCCCGACUCCUCUCACGAAACAACGCAAAGAGUUAUUGGACGAAAUCGGAUUCCAGUUCCGGAUUAGAAAUCGUCCAGAAUGGGGUUCGAAGUACCAGGAGUUAUUGGAUUACAAGGAAAAGCAUGGCGAUACUCGUGUCCCCCAACAUUUCAAAGAGAACAAAGCGCUUGGAAAGGUAAAAAGAAACUAACGGAAUUGCUAAGGACCACUAUGUGUAUCUACCCGCAUGUUUCAGUCGAAUCGCAUUGAUAAUUCUGCUCACACUUUUUCUGAUGCUACCAUCUCUCAAUUUUUUCGACGUUAUAGUGGGUUGCAAAACAGCGGGAGCAAUAUAAGCUACACAAAAAAGAAAAGCAGUAAGUUAUUGCCCACAAUUUUGCUCAAUCUUUGCGCGAACCCUCUUAAAUCCCGUAUGGCAGCCAAUGUUACGUUUACUUACACCAAGAUAUUUUCUCUUUUGGUUGCAAACGAUAGUUCCUUUCUGACUCCUGAUCGCCUGGAGAAACUUAACAGUAUCGGAUUUGUGUGGAGUGUACGAGGCGAGUCAUCUACGUCACAAGCCGAUAAGAACGUAACCAAUCCAUUACCCGAUGAGAAGAUUGAGCCAACAGCUGUGGUAGCUGUUGACGUCCACAUGCCGAAAACCGAAGGGGAAGAUAAAGUCAUCAAAGAAGA